AGUGAUAUAGACGUGUUUGUUGCUCAGUGAAACGUGAUCGUUUUCCGCUUUUGUGUUUUCGUCGCUUAUUUCAAACAGUUAUUUAGAACAUAUUAAUGUGGAUAAUACAGGCAAUGAAUAACUAUACCAAAUCUAUGUAUUAACGUAAAAUUACGACUGUAAGAAAAUCGUUCGAUAUCGGCUACGCUCAAACGCGUUAUGCAUUGGUUCUAUGUGCUUUCUCGAGGUCAUCGUCGGACUUUGACAGACCUUAAUAUGUCACGUCUAAACGUAAUAUUACUUGUGCUGGGUACUUGGAGUCUUAUCGAUACUAUAUCUGCAGAACAAAAUGGUCGGUGUAUUUGGUAUGGAGAAUGUUACACAGACAUGUAUAGGCACAAGAAGAAUUGCAAUUAUACAGGAAUACCUAAGUUAUUGGAUAACGAGGGACAAAAAUUGCUCUCUAAAAAUUGUCCUCAUUUAAUGAACGAUUUUGGAAAUGGAAUUCAUACUUGUUGCGAUACAAAUCAGUUAGAAACUAUGGAUAAAAACAUUAAGCUAGCAGCAAAUUUUUUGAGCAGAUGUCCUAGCUGCUUGGAUAAUUUAGUGAAGCAUAUUUGUGAAUUUACAUGUAGUACAGAACAAAGCAAGUUUAUUGAUGUUACUGACAUACAGAAAGAAAAUGGAACAAGCUACAUAAAUGGAAUAAAUAUUUAUAUAACAAAUGAGUAUCUGGAAGGUACAUUCAAUUCCUGCAAUAAAGUAUCAGUACCUAGUACUGGACAAUUAGCAAUGGAUAUAAUGUGUGGAAUAUGGGGGGCUAGCAGAUGCACUGCAUUAAAAUGGUUUCAUUAUAUGGGCGAUGCUGCAAACAACUUAUAUGUACCUUUUCAAAUUACAUACAUAAACACUGAUGAACCUGUUGGUUCAUUUAUUCCUGUAGAUACUAAUGUUACUCCUUGCAACAAAGCAUUGAAUAAAAACACACCAGCAUGCAGUUGUGUAGACUGUGAAGCCAGUUGUCCAGAACCACCAGCACCUCCUCCUUUGCCAAAACCCUUCACCAUUUUUGGCUAUGAUGGCUAUGCUGUGGUUAUGAUUAUUACCUUUCUGUGUGGUUCAGCUCUUUUCAUCUUGUCAAUAGUGUGCUUCAAUAAUAGGAAACAAAUUGUUGCACGAGGUGAGGAGGUAGGAAGGCAGGUGGGUAGACGCCUAGCCGCAGGUUUGCAUCACCCAGGAGAUGGUGCGCGUAUUGCUCUCGCCGCAGACCAGGAAGACAGCCCACUACAAUCUAAGCGUUCCAGUGUCAUAUCUGCAGAUGAUUUGCCGAGCGGGUUCGACGAUGAACCACAGUCGACUUUUAUCGAAAGAUUGGGCGCAGGCACCGACAAAUUGUUGGCGGAAUUCUUUUGCUGGUGGGGUACAGCGUGUGCAGCACGGCCGUGGUUCGUCCUUUUCUCUGGUUUCUUAUUUAUCGUUGCCUUGGGACACGGAAUAAAGUAUAUACACGUUACCACCGAUCCCGUUGAAUUAUGGGCUGCGCCACAAUCUCGGUCACGAAUCGAGAGAGAAUAUUUCGAUCAACACUUUGAGCCAUUCUAUAGAAUGGAGCAGAUAAUUAUAACGUCAGUUGGUUUAUCGAAUAUUCUGCACAAUACAUCUAAUGGUCCAAUAACAUUUGGCCCCGUAUUUAAUGAUACUUUCCUCAAAACUAUUUAUAAAUUACAAGAGGAAAUUAAACAAAUAACUACUGCAAAUAAUUAUACUUUAGCAAACAUAUGUUAUGCUCCAUUAACUAAUGCAUUUACUGGACCACCAACCGUUUCACAAUGCGUUAUACAAAGUAUUUGGGGAUAUUGGCAAGAUAGUAUAGAUAAUUUUGAUGAUUCUAGCAUUGAUGAAGAUAACUUUACAGUAAAUUAUUUGGACCACUUUAGGGUUUGCUCACAAAAUGCGUAUAAUCCUGAAUGUCUUGCACCUUAUGGUGGACCAGUAGAACCGGCAAUUGCCGUUGGAGGAUUUUUAUCACCAGGCCAAGAUCUCCAUAAUUCUUCAUACGAAAGUGCUACUGCAAUAAUUUUAUCCAUAUUAGUAAAUAAUUAUCAUAAUAAAUCUAAACUACAUCCAGCAAUGGAAUGGGAGGAAAGUUACGUCAAAUUUAUGAAAGACUGGAUAAAGACGAAAAAGCCAGCAUUUAUGGAUAUCGCUUUCACUUCAGAACGGUCUAUAGAGGAUGAAUUGAAUCGCGAGUCUCAGUCGGAUGUUUUAACUAUCCUCGUAUCAUACAUUAUUAUGUUCGCGUAUAUUGCGAUUUCUCUGGGUCAGAUAAAGUCUUGCAGUCGACUUUUGAUCGAUUCUAAAAUUACUCUCGGCCUUGGCGGCGUCCUUAUAGUAUUAGCUUCUGUUGUUUGCUCCGUUGGUUUAUUUGGUUUUGUUGGUAUUCCUGCUACACUGAUUAUCAUUGAAGUCAUACCAUUCCUUGUCCUUGCUGUUGGAGUAGACAAUAUUUUCAUUCUGGUCCAAACUCAUCAGAGAGAAGGCCGCCGUCCAAAUGAAUCGGUACCUGAACAUAUCGGUCGUACGCUCGGCCAAGUGGGACCAAGUAUGUUGCUCACCAGUGUAUCAGAAAGUUGUUGUUUCUUCCUUGGUGGAUUAUCCGAUAUGCCGGCUGUUCGAGCUUUUGCUCUUUAUGCCGGUAUGGCGUUAUUAGUUGACUUUGUGCUGCAAGUAACAUGUUUCAUUAGUUUAUUGGCACUGGACACUGUUCGUCAAGCAAAUAACAGACUGGAUGUAUGUUGCUUCGUUCAUGGUUCGAAAAAGGAUAACGGUGAAGAAGUAGUAAAUGGAAUUUUAUACAAACUUUUUAAAGUUGUCUACGUUCCGCUAUUAUUGAAAAAAUGGAUGCGUGCAUUUGUCAUGAUAGUGUUCUUUUCUUGGCUCUGUUCGAGUAUCGCGGUUGUUCCACACAUCGAAAUUGGACUAGAUCAAGAACUUUCUAUGCCCGAAGAUAGUUUCGUUUUGAAAUAUUUCAAAUUUUUAAAUAGUUAUUUAUCCAUUGGACCACCAAUGUAUUUUGUCGUAAAAGAAGGUCUAAAUUAUUCCGAUACAAAGGCGCAAAAUCUUGUGUGUGGUGGUCAAUUUUGUAAUAGCGAUUCGGUAUCUACUCAAAUAUUUAUAGCAUCGAAACAAUCUAAUAGAACGUAUAUAGCAAAACCUGCAUCAUCGUGGUUAGAUGACUAUAUCGAUUGGUCUCAAUUAUCAUCUUGUUGUAAAUAUUUCGUUUCAAACAGUUCCUUCUGUCCGCACACAGAUACUACUUGCGCUAACUGUAAUAUCAGUAGAAAUAAUAUCGGUCGACCAAUAUCAUCGGAUUUUGAUAAAUACGUGUCAUUUUUCUUACAAGACAAUCCUGAUGAUACGUGCGCCAAAGCAGGUCAUGGCGCUUAUGGCCAUGGUGUUAAUUAUAUUACUAACCCUGACACGGGAUUUUCGAAAGUUGGGGCGUCCUACUUCAUGGCUUACCAUACCAUUUUAAAAACAUCUGCUGAUUAUUACGAAUCAAUGAGAGCCGCGAGAGCCGUAUCGGCAAAUAUAACAAAUAUGAUCAAUAAUCAUUUGAGAAGCAUCGGUGACAGUUCAACCGUUGAAGUUUUCCCGUAUAGUGUGUUCUACGUUUUCUACGAGCAGUACUUAACGAUGUGGUCUGACACGUUAUAUAGCAUAGGAAUAUCAUUGCUCGCCAUUUUUGUAGUAACUUUCUUCUUGAUGGGGCUGGAUAUAUUUUCCUCUGUUGUCGUAAUAAUAACUAUUACGAUGAUUGUCGUCAAUAUUGGGGGUUUAAUGUACUGGUGGCAUAUAACGUUAAAUGCAGUGUCUCUAGUUAAUCUCGUUAUGGCUGUUGGGAUUGCCGUUGAAUUUUGUAGUCAUCUCGUACAUUCUUUCUCGGUAUCAGUAAAGACAACAAGAGUCGAAAGAGUUGCUGAUGCGUUGACGAAUAUGGGAAGUUCGAUUUUUAGCGGUAUCACACUUACCAAGUUCGGUGGAAUCGUAGUUCUCGGCUUCGCCAAAAGUCAAAUUUUUAAGGUAUUCUACUUCAGAAUGUAUCUGGGUAUUGUGUUGUUCGGAGCUGCACACGGUUUAAUAUUCUUGCCAGUAUUACUCAGUUACAUUGGCACCCCAAUGAACAGGGAAAAGUUGGCGAAUCAUAAGAGAGCAAUGCAAGGAAAUCUGGACAACGUGCAGGAGACUUCCUUGAAUCAUCGCGCGUGAUGUCGCGCCGAGGGCAUAGAAGAGCCCAUCAAUAUGCCAGCGGGGCUAGAAACAAAUUUAGGAGUCAAGUACAUGGG